UGGCGGGAAACGACUGUGGACGUCUUAUUUUCUUCAGUUAUCUUUUUAUAAUUUUAUUAGUGUUAUAGAGAACCUGAUACAUGAAACUAUUUCUCAGGUCAAAGAAAAAAGUGCAAAUUGAAAUAUAUUUCAAAAAUCAAUAUUUAAGCAAAAUUGCUUACAAUGGAUGAAGAGAUCAAUAACAGCUCCCAAACGAAUCAACGGACUGAAUCGAUGAACUGCGAAUCUCAGAAGACCUCCACGGAGAUGGACUCAGAUUCGGAACUGCUUGCUGACGACACACUUCGAAUGGAAGAAUCAGACGAAGAAGCGGCUCCUGUUGUGCAGUAUACUGGCGUUGAAUCUGCAUCUACUGCUGAGGAGUUGAUUAAUGAUCGGAAGCCGCAACCAGAUAUACCCCAACCGAAACAGUCAAUCGAGGAAGCAUCGAUUGAUGUUUCACAUGUUAUCGAAAGAGAAUCGGAUAGAGAAGAUGCAUCAGAGACGAAUGAGGGGCCAACUAAGAAAUUGUCCCAAAUUAUGGACAGCGAAUCUGAGGAAGAAUCGUCGAAAGUUGGCCGUGCCAGACAGAAAAAAAUUUCCAAAAUCAUCGACAGCGACUCUGAUGAUGAAAUUGCGACGAAAGAUCGAAAGAAUGAAAAUGAUUGUGGCCAAAGUCUGUUAGAACAACAAAAUAAAGAAGUGGAUAUGAUUGGGGAAAAGAUUGAACAAUCGAUGAAUCGGCUGAAGUCACUAAUUGAUUCGGAUUCUAGCAGCCCGGAAGAACAUUCUGAUGAAGAAAUUACGAAAAAGAAAAAGCUCAAAACUAAAAAGGAACUCGAAAAGGCUAGGGAUAAAUCAAAUGAUUUGUUAACAAGUUUGAACUUGGAUUUCAGUGACGAUGAUAGCCGAACUGGAGGCCAUUCCGAUGCAAAGAGCAGUGACGAAAGCGACGAAGAAAGAGUAAAAAAGGAAAAUUCUAAAUCGAGAAAAAUCUACUCCGAGGAUAAACCACAGCGGAUGUCAGCUAAAAUGGCCAUGGAGCAGAUGAAAGUCAUACAGAGUGAGUCACAGCGAAUGGCUCGUGAAGCGAAUGUUACUGUCCCAUACCAUCGUCCAAAGCAACACACGCUUCAAGAGUUCCUCAGUCGGCGAAUGGUACAUAAACCAGAGAUGAGUAUGGGCGAAGGUCGUAAAAAUGUAGCAGCUGCUAUAAAAAUGAACCCAGAAGAUUUGGAAGCUUACGCAAAGCGAUUGGAGGAGCGCGAAAAAGAAGCAAUUGAAUUUUUCAAAAGUGAAACAUACGAAAAAUCAGAAGAGGAAGAACAGGCUGGUGCGGUGCAAUUGAACUCCAAACUUUCGGAUGAUGAACCUGCGGAGUUGCCUGUAGACAAUAACCUAGUAAUAAAUAAUGCUCCUGAUGAUGACGGUACCCAACGUAAUCUUGAUUUAACCGAAAACUUGACCGCUGACAACACUAAUCAAGUUAAAACGACACAUACGAACGUCGAGCAUGUUGCAGCCCCAACGAUUUCAUCAAUAGAAAAAGAUCCACUAGACGAAAUAGUCAACAAAACUUGUGAAAAUGCGGAAAAAAUGCUCGCCGCGCAAUCGACAGAGUCACAUGAUUAUACUUCGUCGGCGGCAAGCGUCGAACCAACAUCUAAACAAACACAUCCAAUCGAUUAUGAUCUCUUCUCACAAUCAACCAGCUCCAAACUAGCACAGCAAAAGGUCGAUCUUCUCGCAGACGCUGCUAUUCCUUUGUUUCCGACAUUACAUGGUAGUCCCAACACGGUAAUCGAUUUGGAUUCCGGCGAUGUAAUGCCACAAGCACCGACCGGUGCUUCGAUCCUUUUAGAGCGUUUCGCUAAGUGUAGUGGAAAGAAAACAAAGAAAGGUACAAACUUCAGUAUACUAAGCACGGAUAAGGGUGCGGUCGAAAUGGAUACCAUUGUACUGCCAUUGACACCAGAUGAACGCGAUCCAAAUGGAAAAGAGCCGAUUCCGGGUGCGGCAUUCAAUAAAUUACGGCAAAGUUUACGCGAAAAAAUGGAACAGACUCGAAGGGAAGCGCUUCGCAAGCGACAGGAAGAAUCGCAACAAGCAAAAACAUUGGAUGACGACGACGAUGAUGAAGAGGAGAUCCUAGGAGAACCGGAUGAGGUUGAUGGUGAAAUGGAUGAUGAGGAUGAGGAGGAAGAGAACGAAACUGAAGAACAGGAGGAGACAACUGAGGAGAACAAUAAUGGUCUAGUUGACGAUGAAGCAGCCGAGGCGGACGAUGAGGAGGACAAUGAGGAAGCAAAUGAAGACGAUGAGGAUGAAUCCAGUGAUGAUAGCAGUGACGAUGAAACAGUUAAUCAGAUGCCGGUGGAGUGCGAAAAAAGGAAAUCUAGAAUUAUUGCUGCUUUCGAAGAUUCGGAUGAUGAUGAUGAGCUGGUCCUGAAAGAAUCCGCUAAAAGCGACGAGGUUGCGGUGUUGAAGAAAACGGAAACUGAUGAGCUGUUUUCUACCCUGGAAGACGCUGACAAAUUCACCGACGCGGAUCGAAAUAACCUGGAAACGGGUGACACGAUGAAACUUCUUUGGAAGGAUACCGAAGAACCUGUCACGGCUACGCAAACCGCUGAUGAUCUUCUCGCGUUAUGCUCGGGUCGUUUUAGUGAAGAUACUCAAGUUCCGCCGCUUUCGAUCACGGCCACCCAGGAUACUAGAUCCAUGAGCAGUACUCAACCUUUCGUCUUCAGUACCCAAUCGGAUUUGGAUGAAUCGGUGUUCUCCGCAGGCGACAAAACUGCUCGAGACACUUUAUUUUCGCAACAUAGCGGCAAGGACCAGAUGGAUGAAAACGAGCUCAUAGCACUUUGUUCUGGUACAUUCGCCACACAGCGGCAGCCUGUGGAACUGCACCAAGAACCUGAAAGUGAACACCCAAAGAAUGUGAUCGGUAAAGGAAAGUUAGUUAUUGCUUCUUCCGAUGAAGAGGAUGUAAAACAUGAAACCAAGAGAUCGAAAAAGCGAAAACGAAAACAAAAAAAUAACAUCUCUGACGAUGAAGAAAGUGCUUCUGACGCUGAUCUAAAUAAUUCCGACGGUGAUCUAAACGACGUUGAGCUACCUGCGACAAAUGAUCUAGCAGAGUCGGAAGAUGAAGAGGAAGCUGAACGUUUUGUAGACUAUGAUUCGGAGGAAAACGAGGUGGAAGUUGUUAUGACCAAGAAAGAUAAACAAAAGGUGGCCAAUGCUUUCCUAGAGAAUGAAGCUGAAUUGUCGGAGUCUGAAUGGGGUAGCGCUGAUGAGGAUGAAAAAGAUCUCGAUCGAUAUGACAUUGAGGUCGGAGACGAGGAAAAGUAUGAUCAGGGAAAGUUGCAUGAAGAAUUGGAACGCAUUCACGCGCGACGGAUGUUGGAACAAGACAAGAAGGAAGUAAAAGCCCUUCAAGAGAUCUACUUCGAGGACGAAGAAAAAGAUGGAGUUGGUCGUGACAGACAAUUCCGCUGGCGGAAUGCUGAAACUACAUUCAGUUUGGACUACGAUCAAAAACAACCCGACGAUGAAAACGACGCAGAAGGGGGUAGUGAUAACGAAACCGAAUUGCAGUGGCGAAAGUUGCGACAUGAAAGAGAAUUAUUGCUGAAGGAGAAAAAAGUCAACGUGGAUGAGGUCAAUUUAUCGGCUCUGCUGGACAAGUCGUUUGAAGAAGUAGAGAACAUCUCGAGUGUCAAUAACUCCACGACCUCACUGGCAAUCAAAAAAAAGAUUACGAUUGUUCGAUCGAAAAAAAGUAGUGAAGCCACUUGUACGAAGGAUUCGCCAUUCUUGAUAACAAAAUCUUCUAUAGUGCAGGGUCACAAAGCGUCAUUUUUAUCACGUGACAAAGAUACAUUAAACAAACUGGCCAGUUUAGUCAAAGUUCCAGAGAUUGAAGGAGCUAGCACUGCUAAUGCUGCAAAAGGUAGAAAUUUUGUGUUUGCGUCGGUUAGUCCUGCUAUAGACAAAACUGGAACAAAACGCGCGCUGGACGCAGAAAUAGAGGAUUCUCCACAUAACUCCAAGAAAGUGAAAAUAGGUGCUACCAGCUUAAAAGGAAGCGCAACCACAAAGAAGCGAUUGCUACUAGGGCAGCUGAUGUAGUUAAGGAGGACGUAGGACCUACCAGCACAGACAAACAAACAGAACACUAUGAGAAAAUUCAUCCAAAAAAUAUCGUUUCACUCAUGUUAUCAGAAUAUCAGCUCCACCUUUUUUCCACGGUCCCAAACACUCAUUUACAAGUGGGUUAUCUAUCUAGGUCGUGAACAAUUUUUUACUAGUGGAAGAAUUGCUAACUUCUGUUAUUCUGUGCUAGCAUGUAGAAGCAUUAUAUAAGUGUUAUUCUCUCGAUUCCGCACGCGGAAUAAAAAGAAAUAAUUAUUUUAUCACCAAA